AUGUUACUAGAUGUUUCCUUUAAUUUCUUACUGUACUUGCAGACAAAUCUGACUGUGGUCGCAGAGUUUAUCCUUUUAGGAUUUCAAGGCAGCCAACUUUUGAGAAAUCUUCUAUUUCUUCUGUUCCUUGUUGUUUUUGUUGCCACAAUAUGUGGGAACCUCCUGAUCAUCAUCCUCGUGUCCACCAGCAAGAAUCUCCACACCCCAAUGUAUUUCUUCAUCUCACAACUGUCCAUCAGUGACAUCCUAUUACCCACAACUAUUGUCCCCAACCUGCUCCACAUCCUACUGAAUAAUGGAGGAACCGUCAGUUUUAUUGGUUGUAUGACUCAGUUUUAUUUUUUUGAUUGCUCUGAAGUAUUAGAGUGUUUUCUUCUCGCCGUGAUGUCUUAUGACAGAUAUGUGGCCAUCUGUAAUCCCCUCCGUUACACCUCCAUCAUGACAAAUAGAUUUUGUGUUACAUUAAUCAUUAUUAGUUGGUUGAUGGGUAAUGUUAUUUCAUUCAUUGGUACGAUAACAUCAUCAAAACUAAACUUUUGUGGGUCAAAUAUCAUCGACCAUUUAUUCUGUGACCUUGUCCCCUUACUAGACCUGUCCUGUUCUGACACCUUCUCUGUUCACUUGGUGAUUUUUGUUUUGGGAGCUCCAACUCUAACGGUCGCAACCUCAAUCAUUGUAGUGUCUUAUAUUUACAUUGUUAUAUCAGUCUUAAGGAUCCCAUCCAGUACUGGUAGACAGAAAGCCUUCUCCACCUGUAGCUCCCACCUCAUUGUGGUCUCCAUUUUUUACGGGACUAUAUUUAGUGUUUACGUUUUACCUAAGAGAGAACAGACUUGGGUCAGUAGUAAGAUCCUCUCUCUGCUGUAUACCGUAUUUACUCCAUUUAUUAACCCCAUUAUAUACAGUCUGAGGAAUAAAGACAUUAAGAAAGCCGUACAGCAAACAUUACAUAAACUCAUAUCCCGUAAUAAACAUUAA